AUGGUCAUCUUCGCAUUACUUUUUGUCAAACCUUAUUUCGAAGUCACCCUCACUAAGAAAAGUUCAUGGCAACAUCCAUGCAUGAGCCCAAUAGCUUUCCUAUCUUUCAAUGCUCGCACCAAAACCAACUACAUCUCCAUUGUCAUAGAUGUGCUACCAAGUAGAGCUAAGCUAGGUUUGGGUUGGGUUUUGAGCCCAAACUGA